UAGAGCUGCUCUUGUGCAACCAACACCACCACCACCUCCUCCAUUGAUUCACAGACUUCACAUUCCCCCACAAGCAGCCCAUCAGCUUCCACAGUGAUCAGAUUAAUAACAACAGUAGCCUGUGAUCACACAGGAGGAGAUACCCGGCGCUGCUCGUCCUCCGCGGGAUACUUGGAUACAGCAACAGGAUCCAUCCCUGCUCCUCUCCUCUUUUUUCUCUGAUCCACACCUGUGUUUUCCACUUUUGAGAACACCCGCUGUGUUUUUUUUCUGAGAAACUACUUGGAUACCUGCGAGUUGUCCUUUUUAUAAAUGUCGGACUGACUAUAACUGCUAUGACAGGGAAACUAGCGGAGAAGCUCCCUCUUACGAUGAGCAGUUUAAUAAACACGAUCCCUGACAGUCUCUACCCAGAAGAGGACAUCCCGACGUCUAUGAAUAUUUUCACCAGUACGGAAUCUAUUAACCACUAUUCACAGAUGAAUACAGAUAACAUCAUGGAUCUGGGCAUGGGAGGCGAGAAAGCAUCCGCAGAGAUUCAGUAUGGAUCCAGCUUCCAGUCCAACCGCAGCGGGCAGACUGUCACCUAUCUGGGGAAGUUUGCCUUUGACACUCCUCCGUCAGGGGGCCUCGGGGGCUCCGGGUGGUGCUCUGAUAACAACAUCAUCAGUCUUGUCAGUGCGGGGAUCCUGGGCGUCUCUCCAUCACCCGGCACGGUCACGUCGCAGACAUCGUCCUCCGCAGCCAGCAUGGGCGGACAGACGUCAGACAUGGAUCAGGGGUACGGUCCUCCGCUGCCUGCCUACUCCACCUGCGGUGACCUGUACCAGGACCAGGUCUCCUUCCACCACAGCCCGGCCACCAGCAGCGGACUCGCCUACCCGGGCAAUGACUACCACUCCACAUCCAAAGCCUCCAUGGAUGGCAGCCUUUUCUCCAUGAUCCCCGACUACAACCUUUUCCACCAUCAGGGGGAUGUUGGCGUGAUGGAGCACAAGCCCUUCCAGAGCAUGGACCCCAUCCGAGUCAACCCUCCUCCCAUUACACCCCUGGAGACCAUCAGGGCGUUCAAAGAUAAGCAGCAGAUGCACCCAGGUUUCCACGGGGGGCAACAGCACCCUCCUCAGCACCACCCGCCCCCACAGACUCUCACCCUCAAACCCAUACGACCUCGGAAGUACCCCAACCGUCCCAGCAAGACCCCUGUCCACGAGCGGCCGCACGCCUGCCCGGCGGAGAACUGUGACAGACGCUUCUCACGCUCAGACGAGCUCACACGUCACCUUCGCAUCCACACAGGUCACAAACCCUUCCAGUGCCGAAUAUGCAUGCGCUCCUUCAGCCGGAGCGACCACCUGACCACACACAUCCGCACACACACCGGCGAGAAGCCCUUCUCCUGUGAGUUCUGUGGACGCAAGUUUGCCAGGAGUGACGAGAGAAAGAGACACUCAAAGGUUCACCUGAAACAGAAGGACAAGAAGCCGGCUGACAAGAGCAGUGGGGCGGCUGGGAGCCACAGCUCGCCCCCCAGCUCCUGUGGGGGGCCGACAGGGGGAACGUCAUGACCGUCACUACACACACUUGGACUGGACCCUCACCAUGCCCCAUAAAGAGACUUGGGAAGACGGGAUCACGUCCGCUAUGAGAUAAAUAGGUGACUCUUUUACUCUCUUUUACAUCCCCCGCUCUUAUUUCCAUAGUUCCUUCUAUUUUGAGAUGGAUGACUUUUAGUUUAAGAAAAAAAGGAGAAAGGCUGCUACACCCUUCUCUUUCAGCUACUGUAACACAAAGAAGGGCCCCUUGGCACAUUCUGUCCACAAGGUCACUUCAUAUAGGUUUGUGGGCUGGAUACACUUUUGUCAAUUUUACUGAGAAUUUCUAAAUUGAAAGGAAGCCAAGCGUCAAAAAACUAAAUUAAAUGGAGCUUAUUUAAAGGGUGAGUUGUCUGGGAUGUAUGCAUUUAUUUUAUUAGGCUGUUUUAAAAAAGUGCAAUUGGUUAUAUUUGUGUACUGUCAUGGAUACCUUAUUAGUGGCACUUGACGGUCUUUUUGUUGUAUUUUGUUGAGGUGUCGUGUUUUUUUAUUUUCUAUUUGAAUGUUGUUUUCUCAAAAGAAUGUGCCAAAUGUAUUGUGGUGACACAGCCAACCUUGUUUUUUUAUUAUUGUGCCUGACAUCUGCCAAACAUAACAGUGAUAUCAGCUUAGCACACAUGUUGAUUUAACGGAAAGAUCAGAUUCAAAUAGAUUUACCUGCACAAAUUGGUUAAGUCUACAUAAUGACUGAAUGGGUUACACAAAGCAAACCGAUGUCUUGUCUUGUUACUUGUACUUAUAAAACAAACAUGCCUGCAGCAAUCAAUGCCUCUGCCAAUACUUUAUUUAUUUGUAGUCACUGAGAGACACUGUGUAUUUGUGUUGCCUUUUUUUUAUACGGUGGCUUUAUGUGGCGUUACCAGAUAUCAUUUCUUUUUUUAAAAGUUCACCAAUACUGUUCAUUUUUCUUGAGUUCUGCAAUUAUAUGCAAUAUAUUCAUUACAUGUGCCACCAACCCGUAAAUCAGAUGAACCAAGAGCACAGUUAGAAAGACUGAACUAUUUAAAUAAAUAACACUGGGUUGUAAACCAGCAGUAUAUCAAAGCAAAGAGGAAUGAAGGAUUCACGGUGUAAAACAGACUACUUGGUAUAAAUCACCUAAAUCUGACCAGCAUAUGGUAAAGGAAAAAUGAAAAUGUCCAUAUCCAUGUUUACAUCUUUUUAAUACAGAGAGACUGAGUUGUGACUUAGGGACUUGUUGUUUUUGUACAGUAUACACACAUGUAUGCAGGUAGCUAUACAGUAGAAUUUUCAGUUUUGUACUCAAAUGUCAAAUGCACCAUAACUCAGUAUUAAAUUGUGCAUAUAUGUGCAUGCCUUCAUGCACACUAUGUAAAUACAAAUGACUGCAUAAACAAGAACUCUCAAUUGACUGAAUGCUUGUGGGAAUGUGUCUUAAAGCUUUUAGUAAUGUAGUUAUAAUACGGAAUAUUUUGUUGUCAUAGGUUAUUUCAAAACAUUUUAGAGCACUGCAAUAGUGCCAAAUAUGGUGUAUUAUCUUCCAUGAAAGAAAAAAAAACAAUAAUAGCAUUUGUAAGUGGUUUAAGGAAGCACUAAUGUGUUCUCUGAAUAAACAGAAAGACUUUUUACAUUUGUUUAUCUCCAUUAUAGUAGCAAUCAGUUAUUUCAAUUAACACAUCUUCCCAAUUUCUUAGCAAACACUGGUUACUCUCAGAUGGACAGAAGACUAAAUGACUAGAUUAUUUCUAAAACCAAAUCCAUUAUAGGGCAAUGCCAAUAUUUGUCCGUCUCUGAUUGUUAAUUUGUCCUGAUUUGAAAUAAUAGCUAUUCUAUGAAACAUGUUGUGUAAGCUUAUCUCCUCUGUGAGCUUCUAUGGGAUCUUAACAUUUUAUUAUAAUGAUAUUUACAACAAUGAAUACAUUCUAUAUGCUUAGAAAAGCAUAUUACCUUUCUCUUAAAAAUAUGGCUUUUUUGGUAGUCCAAAAAUGUGAUUUGGCCCAUUGGAUUAAAAAUGUGAGGUGUUAUAAUAAGCUUAUCCAUGUUUUAAUAUAGUUUCUGAUGUGUCCUACUUGGACCAACAAUAUUUCUGGUUAUUAGUUGUGCUCUCUAACUACUAAAAAAGUGUAUGCCCUAUUCCAAGCUUGAAAAAAAAAACAUAUUAUACCAGUCAGUAGACACGGCAAUCAGACUUAAAGAGAAUAUCGACUGAUAAAUGCAAAGGCCAGAGGAAGGGUUCAGGAAAGCAAUGCCACAGAGAACACAGGGCACACAGAAGGCCAUGCUUUCCCCUCCUGUAACAACCAGUUUGACUGCUGAGCUUCCUGGCAACUUUCCACUUAUUUUCCAAUUAAUUUGGCCUCAGAGAGCCUCAACUCAUCUACAUGGAUAAAUUAACAGAUCUCCUUGCACUUUUUCAAGUAGUUUAAAAGUCCAUGCACCCUCUAACAUCUAAAUGUAAAUCGAUAGUUUUGUAUUAUGAAAAAUAAUUCUUUUGCAUGGAUGGCAAGCCAAACUUUUCUCAGCUUAACUCAACUGAAAUCCCAAACUACCAAACUAAAAAUAUAAUUUAUUUCACAUAACACAACAUUUCUUAUGUCUGAUUCCAGAUAAUUUGCUAAAAGACAACUAAGAUUAAAACAUUACUUGUGGAUUUGCCGAAAUCUUGCAAUGGGUAACAAACUCUAAUGUAAACAUUGUGUAGCAGACAGCCUCGUGGAGCUAACUCAAAUAAAUAUAUAUAUAUAUAGAACGCACACGAGUUGAUAGGAAAUAUGAAAUGUUUAUCUGGAAUAAUUUGAUGUUAGACAUUGUUCAUUAUAGACCUUGAAUCUUUUUUGAUUUAUUUGACCAAAAAUGAUGCUCUUGUGUGCUCUUGAUUUGACACUCUGCUGGUGAGAAUGGGUGUUUGUAACUAUAAUAUAUAGGAUGUGGCCUCCUCUGAGAGAAAACUGUCUUUAUGUUUUGCUUUGUGUUGAGGAAUGAUGCAGGGUAAGGUGGAGACUACACCAAACCAUUUCCACAUCUAAAUGAAGCCAUGUAAUUACCACUUUGCAAACUCAAUAUUUCAUCGUUCAUAUCCUCUCACUGUGUUUGUCACUUUUGUUUGGUGACACUUUUAUAACGGACAGAAAGGUUUUGUAAAAAAGUAUAUGAUCCCCCCUCCAUCCCACUCCUUGAAUAUAGCUUGGUGGUUGAACAAUACAGACUGCACCGUGUUCUGCUGAACAAUAACUCUGUGUAAUGUGUGAAUGCUGUAGAAACAACCCCCUCUUAAUAAUGCUUCUCUAAGAAUAAUUUAUAUUAUGCUUUUUUCAUGUUUUACUGUCCAAAAGUGGGCGGCCGAAACGCUCUGAAAUUGGAAUUUGCCUCAUCCUCGUUCUCUGCUCCAUGUUGGAUCUGAGCCAACAUCUGCAGCCAUCUUUGUGCCAAACUGGGUUGCAGGGUUGGCUGAUCAAAAACAAUAUGAGAUGAGAACUCCACAGGAGAAACAAAUCAUAAAUGUGACCUCAGUCUGCUUGCAGUUGAAGGCAGCCUUGUGCUAAUGUUUGUGUUUAACUGUUUGAUUUAGUCUCCGUGAAGUUGGCCUUGGGCACGGCAAUAGGCUUGGGCUCAUUCGUGACAAUUAAUAAUUACAAGAUUUUAAAAAAAAUACUCAUCUUUUUAAGAGAUUUCCAUCAUGUGUGUAGAUAUAGGCUACUCAUGUCAUCUUAUGGACAACAGGGUGGCUUCAGGGAUUUUGUGGUCUUCAACAGUGACACUAUGGUGUUCAGAUGGAGUCGAUACUCACUGUUUUCUGUUGUGUUGUGUUUUCCUUUUCAUUACAGUAUAUCCUCAUGUUUGCAUGUGCACGGAAAUGUUCCAAAGUGCUGCCCUACGAUGUGGUGGGUGGUGCUCAUUUCUUUAUUAUGCAUGAAAAUAAUUCACAUUUUGUGAAACGGGAUAACAACAAUUGAAGACGGACAAUUGAAAACACACACUGGGAUAACUGUUCUGUUGGCUUUUUUUUCUCAAGAAAACAAGGGGUCUUGUUUAAAAUGUUGUUGAUGUCUUUAGCCUAUUUCAUGUUUUUAUUACCUUAUAAUAAGGUCAUUUUAUGAUGAGCUGAAUAUUGAAAUGAAUUUUACUAUAUCCUUGUGAUGGGGAGAUGUGCUCCUCUGUUUACUUGACACUUCAGUUUGUUGUAAUGCAACUGUUUUGUUAUUUCUAUGUAAGUACUU